UAUGAGUGUCCACCCAACAAGAAGCUGAUGAUCUCCUGUUUCUCCAAGCUGACUCGUCUCCCAAGAGAUCUGGUUCAAAGAGUAUCUAUGAAUGGCAGAAGGUACCAGAGGGCAGGUCUGAGUUUACUCCAGGAGGGAACAAGGGGACAUUAACGAUGGUCACACGAUUGAAAAAGUUUUUCAAAAUUGGCCAGAAAAAGAGAGGCGUGAGUAACAGUAACCUCUACACUGUCAGAGUUUACCGGUCUCCUCUACACACAACUGGGGACAGAAUGGCUCUUGUCAUUGUCAGCUUCUUCCAUCGACUUUUUUUUGAUUUCUUACAGAAGUUUGAGGCUGACGUCCUUCCCCAAGAAUAUCCACUCUUGUCAACUAGCCCUGCUCACCGGACCAUCAAACAACCUCUCUGCUUUGUCAAAGUUGAUGCAGUACUGGAACUUGUUUGUGACCCAACCUGGAGGAGUGUGCCUGACCAGAAAAUGAUCUCCCGAGAUGAAGUGGACCUACCAGUGAUUGGUCAGUUCUUGCCAGAGGAGCUUCACUGCUACCCACCCAGGAUAGUGUGUCGGUUCUUCCCUGAGCAAGGAGCUGUCUCCACCACAUGCACUCUCUCACUGCAUGGCUUUGACAAACCAGUCAGUGUGGAUAUGGCACUCCUCACUCCUCAGAGAUCAGUGGACACUAGACAACUGAAGGAAGCUACUGAAGGACUGAGGAGAACAGUUAGUGAGAUGACCACCUCACAGAUUGGAUGUACUGUGGAGAGUGUACUGUUACUGGUGGUGAAAAUGACAACAGCACUUCAGUCAUCUUCUUUGAGUGAGCUGGCAGCCCACACUGACUCCAUACUGGCAGAGAUAGCGUCUGUCGUUGUAGUAACCAGGAGGGCUGUCAAUGAGUGCUCAAUACAGAGCAUCAGUGAGAACAUUGCAGCCAGUCUCUCUAAGAUGGAGACUUUAUCUCACCAGCUUUGUCUAGUGGCCAAGGUCAAACUCAAACACUGUCAAAGUGAGAAGCUACUAAACGCGCGUCUCCACAAUAUCGAGUGUUUGAGCUUCCUCUUAUUCAAUGUUACAGACCAGUCAGAGGAGACAGCUGCUCUUGUUGACCUGGUUGAGAAUGGAGCAAAUCUGUUGAGAAGUGUGGACUCUCUACUCAAGGACAUUCAUACACUCAGUGGAUUCAGUGGUAACGCUGGGUACAAUGUGCUAGUGAGGUGCAGUGAGAAGAUAGUCGAGUCACUCUCCCAAGAGCCCAAAGCCGUAGCUGUUCGUUUGCUAUCAGUCGGACUCAUCACUGAGCGUGUGUUGCAAGAGACUAACCAACUGAACGAGAUCAAUGCUGACAAAGCCAACAGAUUGUUCACUGCCCUGCUGGGUGUGGUCAAACACCACCCCCACAAGUACCAUGAGUUUGUCUCCACUCUCAAACUCAACCCACUGCACACUGAUUUGAUCAGAGAAUUAGAUAGUAAGUAGUCAACAACAUGCCGUGUACGUGCAUGUGUACUCUUGAUUUACAUGACAUUGAAAUUUGCUACUGUUGUGUUUUUACCGAUCGCUGUGUCCUUACAUAUAUUACACAUUGAGUAUUUUGAA